AUGAUGAGAAAGACAUUAAAUGAGCAAAUAAAAUUCUUAAAAGAAUGUCUGGAAAGAAUUGAGAAGAGAAAGGAUAGGAAGAUUGAUCUAAUAGAAUGUAUAUUAACAGCAGAAAAGGCAUCAAAAUCUAAAGCCCUGUCUAGGUCUCUAUCUAGGACUGCAUCCAAUAAAAAUGAUGUUCAAAGUAAUGAAAGUAAAAAGGAUCACUUUCGCCUUAUUACUCCAGAUUUUCUUACAGAAGAUGUUAACGACGAUAGAUCCAUCACAGGCAUUAUACCAAAUCAUAAUAAAAAAGAAAGCAUUGAUGAUCUGUUUUGCCUAUAUUGGUUAAAA